GCUCAUUGGAUAAUUUAUUAGGUCUUAAAAAGUUUCUUGACAUAAAAAUUGAAGGCUAUAGUAAACACAUGGUUAAUAUUUGCUCGUGAAAAAUAUAUUGGAUAUUGCAUGUCAUGAGCCGGGUAUUUAAAGCUUUUCUACACACCUUGAUGUUCAGUCACAAGAAUUUCUGGUCAAUGGAUUAUUGUUCAUUGGGACGGUAACAUCAGCUGUAAAACAGCUGUUUCCAUUUUAGCUGUUAUUUUGUGUUCUACACAACUAUCAAUUAACAGUCAUAAAUAAACAUUUUCAAGGUAUUUUUACCUUGUGAUGGCUGAUGAAGGGUUGAAGGAUUCUAAAGCUAAUGAUGGCCAGAUAGAUGACGAUCGUUUAAAUGAAGAAGAUUACCAGGAACCGGAUUGUCGUAGUGAAAACAUAUCUGAAGAUAUCACAGAUACAGAGAUCGAGUGUUUGAAAAAGGAACUGCAAUCUGAGAUUUCAGAGUUGGAGUGGGAAUUCAAACAAGCAAAAGAGUCACUAUACAAUGAACGUAUAAUGCAAGUAGAGAAUAAAUUAAAUCAAGCGAAAAUGGGUACUGCACCUGAAUUUCUUCAUGUUUUAUCCUUGGUUGAAGAAACGUAUAAAAUUCGAUUACAGGUGGCAAAACAUAGAAUGCAAUUCGCUUUGGAAAUAACUAACAAAGAGUUGGAUAACGAGUUACAAAUCAUUCAGUGUGACGUUAAUGAGCGAUUAUUAGCAGCAGAAGAACAAAUUCGAUUAAGUCUUCAAGAGAGUUUAUGUAAACUUCAAUAUGAACGAGCUGCUCACCAAAGAAAAGCUUCUAAAGAUUCAGAAAAAGAAUAUACCAAGUCUUUUGAUCAAUAUGAUAAUUAUCUUCCUAGUCCAAAUCUUGAACCUCGAAAGAAACCGGUUACACUAUCCCCAUCUACUCCAAGACUUAUAUAUCAAAUACCUGACAAAGAUAUUCGUUCAGAUGUUGAAUUAAUUUUAGCAGCUGUAAAGAAAUAUAAAUUAGCCUUUGCUAUGUCACAGCUCAAAAACGAAAAGAUAAAGUAAAUACCAACGCUUAUGUAAAGAUGUAAAUACUUUUUAUCUCUCAGUAUAUUUUUCUUUCUGUAAGUUAUGUAGUUUAUGAUGUGUGUGUAUAAUAAAAAAAGACUCAAAAUAAAAUGAACAAGUUUAUACAUCAAUUUUUUUUCCUUUUAUAAACAUUAUCUGGUUAACAUUUACGGGUGACUACUGCUCACCAGUCAAUUGUUUAUGAAAACAGCACAAAAUGAACAUUAUUUGAUUUGAAUACUUUUGUUGUGAAUCUGUUUCAUUUUUUGUGUUGCUCGUCAGUCGUUUGACACAUAGCUGCUGUUACUAUUGUGAAUUAUACCCACAACCGAGUAACUACUAUUGAUCAUCGUUCAUUAUUUGCCUAAAAAGACUGUUUAUAGUUGCGCAGGUCAAUCCCAUAUAACUUUUAAAGUGGUCGUAGCUGACAAAGCAACUAAUAGAAAGUUUACCAAAGCUACUUAGUAAGAACUUAAACAAAAUAAAAAUAACAGUACUUACAAAAUACGAUGAAUUCAUUGUACCUCGUCUGUUGUUCAGCUUAUAAGUUUAGGUAUUUCUAACUAUUAACAUUAUGUUGAAUUAGAAAGAGAGUUGUCAAUCAACAACAAAUAAGUUAUUUGCAAUGUAGAAGAAGUUAAAAAUCGAAGUUUUAUCAGGGUUUUCGGUGAUAGUUGUAGAAUAUUCAAGAUGGUUUUAUUAGGAAAUAUGAAGGAAGUUUAGAAAUAAGAAACAUGAUGUGUGAAUUAAAUUCACUAGAUUGUUUGUAUAAAGAACAAAAUCGUGACAGAAUAACAUGAAUCUAAUCAUUUCGUGGGUUCGUAGCUGCUUAAAACCUGAAAACAAUAGUACUACUCAUUAAAAACGAAACAAGUACACAAACUUUAUAUUGGAAAUUGCUUAAAUAAAAUUGUUUAACAUUUAAUACAAUAAUUGUGUAAGAACUAAGAUUUAAUCAAACGUUUGUCUAUUUGCAGUUUCAAUGUAUAAUAUUCGAGAAGAGCAUGAAAACAGAACUUUUUCUAGAAACUCAAGAUUUAUGCUAUAGCUUAUGUAGUAUUUAUAAAGUAUAAAUUAGCUAAGUCUCAGAAGUAAAACAGAGAAUAUUAGGAAUUGUAAUUAAGGUCACGGGAAAGAAUCCUACGUAACAAUCUCAUAAAAACGAUGACAGCAAAGAAAAACAAUGAUGACUGUUUCUUUUUGGACGCAUAAAUUCAGUUUAAAUCGUUUUAUUGCUAAAACACGAAGUUUAGGGAAGAGAUCUCUUUUCAACGAAUUUAUCUUCAAGCUAUACCAUCCUAUAUAUACAUAUAAUUUCAACCCUUUCUGAAGUUUGAUUACAGCACUGUCAUUUUUCUUCCAUUCAUAAGUGACUGAUUUCAAUUCAUAUCUUUCUUUAUUACCAUUAAUCUAAUAUUCGUUGCUUCAUUAUACAAUCAUUUAAUGUUUAUUAACUCAAUGAAUUAUAGU